UCAUUAACCAAUUAAAUAUUUAUAGUUUUGUUCAGGAUUUCUAUGCCAUGGAAGACAACCAAGCCGCAGCCGUGAUCAUGGACUCCACAGCCUCAAAGAUACAGCAACUCCAGAAAGCAUUUGCUGAACUUGAAAGACACCGUGCUGUAACUCUCCACUUGAAAUGGAAACAACUUGAGGAGCAUUUUCAUGGGCUUCAGAAAUCUUUGAAAAGGCGGUUCACUGAAUUAGAAGAACAAGAAAAAGAGUUUGAAACCAAAAUAGUUGAAUCCAAAGAGAUUUUGGAGAUGCGUAAAGCAUCUGUCGUGGCUAAAGAGCAAGCUUCACUUGAAAGGCUUCAAGAGAAGAGAGACGCUGCAGUUUCUGCCAUUAUGACUGCUCUGGAGAAGAAUGGGAAUUCGUGUGCUAUGGCCUCUGGUGUAGUUAACAGCGAGAACUCAGUUGAGGCACCAGUUAUUGAGGCAAAACCACCUGAUGCCAUCCUUGCUGAGAGUAACAUGGAUUUUAUGAGAAGGCCUUUUGAAAAUGGAAAUGUGGAGGUGAAGACUUAUCCAGAGCUCAUUAAAUUAUGUCAAGAGAUGGAUUCAGAAGGCCUCCACAAAUUCAUUUCAGACAACCGUAAGAACCUUGCUAUUUUAAGAGAGGAAAUCCCUACUGCAUUAAGGGCUGCAGCUGAUCCCGCGUCUCUUGUUUUGGACUCUCUGAAGGGUUUCUACUGCUUGGAAAUGCCACAUUCUGAUCCCAGAAAGGAUUCAAAUCUCUUAGGUCUUCGCCGAACCUGUAUCAUGCUGUUGGAGUGCCUUAGCAGUUUAUUAACAAAUCUGGACCAAGACUCUCUUUCCAGUAUUAUCUAUGAAAAUAUUAAGGAACAGGCAAAAGCUAUUGCUGAAGAGUGGAAACCGAAACUAGAUGAUCUGGAUGUUGAUGCCAACAAUGGAAAUUCCCUUGAGGCUCAUGCAUUCCUACAACUUCUUGCUACUUUUGGUAUUAAUUCUGAUUUUGAUCAGGAAAGCUUGUCCAAAUUGAUUCCCAUGGUUUCACGCCGUCGACAAACAGCUGAAUUAUGCCGUGGCCUUGGGUUGACUGACAAAAUGCCAGGUGUGAUUGAUGUCCUGGUGAAGAAUGGAAGGCACAUUGAUGCUGUCAAUCUUGCUUUUGCAUUUGAACUUACACACCAGUUUUCACCUGUUUCAUUGCUGAAAUCCUACUUGUCUGAGGCUAAAAAAGCGGCAUCACCAUCCAAACCUGGAAAUGUGUCACCUGCUGCUUCUAAUUUGAAAAUCUACCCGUGGUUAGGGCAUGGCGUUUUGGCAAAAACGUACGCAUAUUGCUUAAUUUAUAUACUCGUACUUUUGGUGACGACAGAAACGUUCUGA